AUGGUAGACCUCCUCAGAGAAUACCGGGACGUCUUCGCUUGGGCCGCGGAAGAGGUUCAAGGAAUUCCGCAUCACCUCAUGAUACAUGAGUUGAACGUCGAUCCCCAAGUCCGCCGGGUCAAACAAAAACGAAGGCACCUCGGCCCCGAACGUAGCCGAGCUGUGGGCGAAGAGGUAGAUAAGCUCCUCCCUGCAAAGAUCAUCCGGGAGGUCCAGUAUCCGACCUGGUUAUCUAACCCGGUCAUGGUAAAGAAGGACACCGGGGCCUGGCGAAUGUGUGUCGACUUCACCGACCUCAACAAGGCUUGUCCCAAGGAUUGCUACCCAUUGUCCAAGGUCGAUACCUUGGUAGACUCGGCAAUGGGUUAUGAAGUCCUCUGCUUUUUUGAUGCCUUCAAAGGGUACCACCAGAUCGGGAUGAGCCCGGAGGAUCAGGAGAAGACCGCCUUCUACACCGACAGAGGCACGUACUGUUACACCACCAUGCCUUUUAGACUGAAGAAUGCCGGGGCCACGUAUCAGCGCUUGAUUAACCAAGCUUUUAAAUCUCAAAUCGGCCGGACUGUCGAGGCUUACGUAGAUGAUGUCCUCUUGAAGAGCCAGACAACAUCCACAUUCCUUGCCGACCUGAAAGAAGUCCUGGAAGUCCUUCGGGGGACACGAAUGAUGCUGAACCCCAAGAAAUGUGUUCUCGGGGUCACUUCGGGAAAGUUCCUGGGCUACCUCGUCUCUAGGCGGGGUAUUGAAGCUAAUCCGGACAAGGUGAGGGCCAUCCAAGAAAUGUCCUCACCACGGUGUGUCCGCGACGUCCAGAGACUGACGGGGCGGUUGGCCGCCCUUAAUCGGUUCUUAUCGCAGUCAGCCUCCAAGGCACUGCCAUUUUUCAAAGUCCUCAAGAAAGCUGACAAAUUUUCCUGGACGGAAGAGUGUCAACAGGCGUUUGAGCAGUUAAAGGAUUACCUCAACCACCUCCCGACACUCACCUCACCUCGCCCAGGGGACAAGUUAUUCUUGUACCUGUCUGCUGCAGCAGACGCCGUAAGUGCCGUACUGACAAGGGAGGAAGGUGUCCAAACACCUGUUUAUUAUGUCAGCCGAGUCCUCCGAGGCCCGGAGACCAGGUACACUCAGGCGGAGAAACUUGUGCUGGCCUUAAUCCAUGCAGCCCGAAGACUUAAGCCCUACUUCUUGGCCCAUCACGUCUGCCUAAGGACAGACCAACCACUUCGGCAGGUCCUAUCGAGGCCGGAGGCCUCUGGACGCCUCACCAAGUGGAUCGAGCUGGGAGAGUAUGACUUAUCCUAUGAGCCUCGCACGGCCAUUAAAGCCCAGGCUCUCUCGGAUUUCCUUGCCGAGCUCACUUUUGAAGAAGUAAAUGAGACCAUCCCGGCUACUACCCAGACUGUCACCUCGGCCACCGCCGAAUCUCAACGAUGGACCUUGCACGUGGAUGGCUCAUCCAAUAGUGAGGGUAGUGGAGCCGGAUUGCUCCUUGAAGACCCCCAAGGAGAAAUAUGCUCCUACGCAUUGAGGUUCGAUUUUGCCGCAUCAAAUAAUGAAGCUGAAUACGAGGCUGUUAUUGCCGGCUUGCAGCUAGCUCAAAAGCUGGGGGCCGCACACAUUUUGGUCUAUAGUGACUCCCAACUCGUUGUGUGCCAAAUACUAGGCGAAUACGAGGCCAGGGAAGAGGUGAUGCAUCGUUACCUCUCCAAGGUUCUCCAGUUGACCACACACUUCGAGUCUUUUGAAAUCCAAAGAAUACCGCGGUCACAAAACAGAAGGGCUGACGCCCUCUCCCGGCUUGCUUCUACCUCUUUCUCCGAUCUGAACAAGACGGUUCUCGUAGAAGUUCUAGCUGAGCCGGGAUAUUUAGCUGAGGUCGUGUACCCUAUCUACCCUGGGGACACCUGGAUGGGGCCCCUGACUCGAUAUCUCAGCCGGGGUGAGCUCCAAGAAGACCGAACUGAAUCACGGAAGCUUCAACGGAAGGCAGCUCGAUACACCCUCCGGCAAGGCCUCUUGUACAAGAGGUCAUACCUCGGCCCCUGGUUACGGUGUAUCACCCCGGAAGAAGGUGAGAGAAUCCUCGAGGACAUUCAUGAGGGACUCUGUGGUGCCCACGUCGGCUUCAAGGAUGCUCGUGAAGAAAGCUUUGCUUCUCGGGCCGUUCGAGCAGUGGGGGACAGACAUAAUCGGUCCAUUCCCCAGAGCCCCAGGCAAACUAUGCUACGUGGUGGUGGACAGUGGACUAUUUCACUAAAUGGGUCGAAGCAGAGCCCUGAGAAGCAUCACGGAAUGGCUGCAUGGUGCGAGAACUUGGGGAUCAAGCAACACUUCACCUCGGUGGGGCACCCUCAGGCGAAUGGACAAGUCGAAAACUUCAACCGAACUCUCCUCCAUGGCCUCAAGACCAGGCUUCACCAGGCUGGAUCAUCGUGGAUGGAAGAGCUCCCCAGCGUGCUGUGGUCCUACCGGACUACGCCGAGGUCAUCGACUCAGGAAACGCCGUUUUCCCUAACUUAUGGGUCUGAGGCCGUCGUUCCAGCCGAGUUCAUCACACCCAACCCGCGAAUGGCUGCGUACGCUGCCGAAAUCAAUGAAGAGGAGCGGCGAGUUGACCUCGACCUCGCCGAAGAGAAGCGUGAUAUGGCCGCGGCCAAAGUUGCGAUCUACAAAAAUAUCCUAGCUAGCUAUUUCAAUGCUCGGGUCAAACACUUAAGGUUCAGUCCGGGAGACCUUGUGCUCCGGAAGAACUCUGUCAGCCGAGCUGAGCCUCAGGGAAAACUUAACCCCAAAUGGGAGGGACCCUACCGUGUUAUUGAGUCCAGCCAAAAUGGAUAUUGUAAACUAGCUUACCGAGAUGGUUCGCGGGUGCCCCGAACCUGGCAUGCUGAGAACCUUAAGUUGUAUUACCCUUGA